AUGGACAAAUCACGGCUACGAGCGGUCUUGUGGAGCGAGUUCAAAGCAGGACGCACCGCCAGUGCUACGGCCCAAUUUAUCAAUGAAACCCAUGGAAAAGGUACAUUGAGUUAUGCAACAGCAAAGAGAUGGUUUCAAAGAUUCCGUUCUGGAGAUGAGACACUACAGGAGAAAAGGAGGCCAGGAAGACCUAAAACAGUAUUCGAGGAUUUGCUGAAGCAGCGGACUGAAGAAGCUCCACGUAUUACUAUCAGGGAGUUAGCCAAAGACCUCAACUGUUCUGCUGGAUCAGUUGCCAAACAUUUGAAAUCGAUGGGGUACGUCAAGAAGGGUGAACAAUGGGUAGCCCAAAACUUAACGGAUCAGAAAAAAAAGAAAAAGUCGGUGUCAAAAAGUGAAGCAAAAAAAGCGUAA